AUGUCAUCGCCGUCAACGAAUGUAGCUGCAAUGGCGAAUGAAAACGGCUCUGUAUCGCCGGGACCUUCUACGUCGAGUUCAUCGAGCUCAUCUUCGCAGUCGUUCUCGUUAACGCCCUCGUCUUCAGCCACCACUACGGCUGCUGCUAAGCUUGCAGGUGAAGUCUUUGCAGGUGGAGCCACCACUUCUCAACAUGUUGAAGCCGAGGAUGACAGUCACUUUGAAAACACAACUUUCAAGUUGAAGCGAACACGGUCGAUGGGUCUUUUGGACGAAUUCAUAGACCCGGAGAAACAAGCAGAAAAAAUUGAAGAAAAGAAUAGUAAAGAACAUCAACAUCAACAUCAACAUCAGCAUCAACAACAACUACAAGAAGUUGAACCAGAAACAGCUCCUGUUGUUCUGCCGGAAGUUGGGGCUCGUUCUGGUUCUCCCGCAGUAACAGAAGAUGGUCUCCAGCUCACAACGACUCUAACCUCGCCUGAGAUUCUUCCUUACGAUGACACGGACAUCCACACAGAACCAUCUCGUCAUGUCGACUACUUCUCCCAUAAGUGGGACGUUUCUGACAUUUACAAGUCAUGGCGAUAUGUGAUUCAGAAACGGAAGGAUGUAGCCAAUGCCGCAAGACUAGAGAAUGCAUCGUGGCGUACUUGGGCCCAGAGACGUUCGAAUUUGAAAACGAUUUCGCCUGAAGUGGUCAACUGGUCAAAAGAUAACGAUAUUACUUGGCUUUAUGGCCCUAUUUUGAAGAAUGAAGACCAUUGGGAUAAUGAAGAAGAUGACGACGAAAGCGAUGAUGCACAUUGCCAUAAGAGAGAAACAACAGCUACUUCGAAAGUGGCAGGGGAUAUUUCUAUUCCACAGGCACCCAAACCCAUUUUAAAAAGACGUACUGUCCAAGCACAGAUGAUAAGCCAUUCCAACCUUUUGAAAUGGGAAUUGUUAGAAAAGAAAGUCAAGCAACGUCAAGAACAUGAAGAAGAUAUGAGAAUCCUUGCAGAGGAAAAAGCAGCAGAGGAAGCAAAGCUUGAAAGCCAAAAGAAAUUGAUUCACCACCACCGUCGUACAAAUUCCCAAGAUCCACCAGAUUUCAAUGAUUUUGAUGCUAUUUCAGCUAAACUUAAUACCCAAUAUCGUGUUUCCAGUGACGCAGAUCUCAAGUCUCUACCACGACAAGGCUCCACGAACUCUUUAAUUGCUGCUACGUUGGAUAAACAUAUACGUGGAGGGGAAGUUAAAGGUGGUGUGUCUGAGACUGCAGGAAACGAAAGUGGUUCUGCUUCCAUAGCCUCCUUUUUGAUGGUGGAUCAAGAACAACAACCAACCCACGUAGAAGAUGCCCUGGCAACUCCUAACAAUGCUAUUAAUAAUGAUAUUAUGGCAAUUAAAGAAGAACAAGGUUCUCUGGAAGCCAUUGAUGUCUUACCUUGUCACAGUCCUGAAUCAAUAAUAUUAAAUAAUUUGACUCCCAGUUCAUCGCUUGCACCAACAAUGAUCAAGUCAUCCAGCAUGAAGAUGUCAGCACUGACAUCUUCUUCUUCUAAAAAGGAACGCCAUAUUCAUUUCAACGAAGAAGUCCAACAAUGUAUAGCUGUUGAUAUCUACUCCGAUGUCGAUGCUGACACUUAUUACGACGAUGCUGAUGUGGAUGAUGAUUAUUACUAUGAUGAUGAAGAUGAAGAUGAAGACGAGGAAGAGGAUUACAUUUAUGAAACCUCUGGUCCCAAUGGUGAAGGUGAAGGUGAAGAUGACGAAGAAGAUGACGACGAGGACGAUGAAGGCGGGUUCUUUAUCGAUGUCCGGUCUUCAGCAAAUGCUCCUGACCUUACAAAGAAUAACGCUACUAGUCCAGGGAAUGCCCUUCCUUUGCCUAGUUCUUCGGUCGAUGUCAAUACCGAAGAUACAGAGUCGAUUUCUACCAACAGUUCCAAAGUUUACAAGACUAUUCAUUUACUUCCUUCCACGCAAAUCAAUUAUGGAUCUUCAGAAGAAGAAUCCGACGAGGAAAACCCCUACACUUCAAGCGUAUCUCAUAAUGCAUCCAAUAGAGGUUAUGAUUACUAUUAUGACUAUAAUAGUGUUUAUACAGUGGAUCCUAAUCACUCUAUCUAUGGGGUUAAUUCUAAUUCAAGUAAGAUUAUUGAACCUGAUGUGGUGGAUGUUCCUGAUGGACUUGCCAUUGGAUCUAAUUUUGACUAUGAGAUCAUCGAUGCACCCCAAAUGGAAGUGUUAAAUGGUGCUCUGGCCGUCUCAGGAAGUAAUACUAUGCCAAUUAUUGAGCCUAGUCUUAAUAUCAAUUUCAAUCACCAACCAGCAUCAUCUAACACUUUUACACUAGAUCAAGUUGUGCAAAGCCACCUGACUGGUGAUGCCUCGCAGCAAAAGGAAACACCUUUUCAGUUAAGUGAUAGUGAAUCUGACUCUGAUGACGGAUUGUCAAUAAGCACCAGCAGGUCAAGUCAAGCACUCGUGGAGCAAGCAUUUAACCAAGAAUUGACAUCUUCCAACAACCAGAUGCCACAUCUCCAACAGCCACAGCCACAACCUGCUCCUAUAGAUGCGGAGCAUAUACUGUUGAUGAAUUCUUCUGAUGCUUCUAUCAAGAAACAACCUUCAUCAUUGAGUUCUCUUUCAGAACUGUUCUUUGGCACAAACACCUUUACUAAGAAAGACCCCUCUAGAACGUCAUUAGCAGAUCAAUUCUUUGGAACGGCUCUCACCUCCACAAGUGAGAACAACAACGAUAGUUCUAAAUCUAAUACCACUACCACCACUACUACAACUGAGAAUCCAACUUCAAGUUUAAUUUCACUGGGUAUGUUUUUCAGUUCUCCACCAUCUUCACCAAUUUAUAGAGCCCCAACCGAUAGUACUGUCCAUUCGAAGGUACCCUCUGGAGUUUCCAUCGAAUCCAAUUCCCCUGGUUAUAUGUCUGCACAGCUGUAUGAAUCUUUGACAGGUGGUAGCCAGUGCAACCCUCCCCAAAGGAAAGUCUCACCUUUACCUCCACAUACCACAUCUACCAAUGCAUUCCUGGGCUUUAGGAAUACCAGCCAGAAUAGCAGAACGGAAGGAGGCGGAGGCAGAGGAAGUGAUGAUAUUGGAGGCGGAAAUAAGGGUGCAUUUGUAUUUGAUUCUGAGAGUUCAGAUGAAGACGAAUUCAUAGAAGACGUCAGAAGUCAUAGUGUUGCUGCAAGUAGUGUGCCUGGAGCAUCCAGGACUCAAGGUGGUGGUGGUGCAGGAGGUUCUUCAAGUUACUCAACUCUCUCUUAUGUUGCAGACAUGAAUGGAAUAGCUCAUACCCCACCAGAUGAAAGUCCCAACAGUAUGACUUCGUCGCCUUCUAAUAUCUUAGGUCAAGCUAAAGGCCUUGCAAAUCAGUUAUUGGGUAAUUGGAAGAACGAUAACCACUAG